AUGACGGACCAGAAUAAACCGGAAGGCAAGUUUAAAGCCAAGUCCGAACACAAGUCUUACGGUGAGCACGCUGGUUCGAGUGGCGGUACGGACAGUAGCGGCGGCGGCCCACUAGGUGGAGGCGGCGGCAGUGGCGAGAGCAGCGGAGGGCCUCUUCGCCAACGGGGGCGAGGUGCCUUCCGCUGGAAGCAGUACCCAGAAGGGAAGUGCGGCCUUGUGAGCCAAGGCUUCAGCCGGGCUGCGUCCUUGGACCUUCAGGGCACCGAAGAGACCAGUGAAGGCCAAGAGGUUUCCAGAAGCAGGUACUCCCCAAAUACCUCCCGACUCAGCAGAGACAGAUGGUGGGAGCGGGGCGGAGACCGCAUCCGUGUCACCGUGAGGCGGCGAGAUCGAGAUAGACCUGUCCUAGAUCGAGGGGUGAUUAUGGCCAGCCUGAACCCGCCUUCAAAACAAUGGUUCAAGGUCACAAUUCCCAAUGGCAAAAAGUAUGACAAAACAUGGUUGUUAAAUACGAUUCAGAGCAAAUGUAGCGUUCCUUUCGAUGCGAUUGAAUUUCACUAUGAAAAUAACAGGGCCAAUUUUUUUGUGGAGGAUGCCAAAACUGCUGCUGCACUGAAAGCUGCUAAUCAUAUCACAGAUGAUACUAACCGCAGAAUCUCGAUAAUAAUUAGUUCAUCGAGCCCACCUUAUUCAGUACAAAAUGAAUUGAAGCCCGAGCAGGUGGAACAGUUGAAGAUUAUAAUGAGCAAGAAAUAUGAUAGUUUCCAGAAGUCUCUUGACCUAAAGGGCCUUCGCUCAGAUCCAGACCUCAUGGCUCAGAAUAUAGAUAUCGUUUUGAAUCGCAAAAAUUACAUGUCUGCAUCAAUUCGAAUCAUUGGGGAAAACAUUCCAGAUCUCUUAUCGUUGAAUCUGAGUAAGAAUAGACUUUACAAACUAGAUGACUUGUCCGAGAUAGUGCCAAAGGCACCUAAUCUCAAAAUUCUCAACCUCUCAGACAAUGAAUUAAAGUCAGAACGGGAGCUCGAUAAAGUGAAGGGAUUAAAGUUAGAUGAACUUUGGCUCCAGGGAAAUCCCCUGUGUGAAGUCUUCCAAGAUCGGUCCUCUUACCUCAGUGCCAUCAGGGAACGUUUCCCAAAGUUGUUACGUCUGGAUGGCCACGAUCUGCCUCCUCCCAUCUCCUUUGACGUGGAACCGCCCCUUACACUACCUAUCUGCAAGGGUAGCUACUUUGGAUCAGAAACCAUGAAAAACAUGGUCAUGUAUUUCCUACAAGAAUAUUAUAAUGUCUAUGACACCGGCAACAGGCAGGGACUGCUUGAUGCCUACCAUGAGGGAGCCUGCUGUUCGUUAAGCCUUCCGGUGAGCCUUCAAAAUCUAUCUCGUUAUAACUUGAGUGAAUAUGUGAAUGAUAACAGAAAUAUGAAAAAGGUCAAAGAUUCCAGCCUGCGAUACCGCCUUCUAAAACACUCCCGCCUCACCGUUGUGGCUUUUCUCAAUGGAUUGCCAAAGACCCAGCAUGAUGUAAAUUCCUUUGUGGUAGACGUUAGUGCCCAGACAGAGACUUUGCUGUGUUUUUCCGUAAACGGGGUCUUUAAGGAACUAGAUGACAAAGCCCACGACACCAUUAGAGCAUUCACCAGGGUAUUCAUUGCUGUCCCUUCAAAUAAUGCUACCAGGAUGUGUAUGGUGAAUGACGAGCUGUUUGUAAGAAAUGCCAACUCAGAAGAAAUCCGUCAUGCUUUUGCCCAACCAGCUCCACUUACAUUUUCCCCAAGCUGGAUGACUACCGUUAACCAACAACAACGAGACAUGUUACAAUCUUUUUCUACUCAAUCUGGUAUGAAUCUGGAAUGGUCACAGAAAUGCCUGCAAGACAAUAACUGGGACUUUAUUCAAGCAGCACAGAUCUUUACACAGCUCAAGGAACAAGGCAAGAUUCCUGCAAUAGCAUUUCAAAAGUGAUCCAACACAACUCCUUUGAAGAUUACUACCUCUUCUGCCCCGGGGCUAUCAUUAUGACUGACUGUGGAAAAAGAAGCCCCAAGAUUCACCUUUAUCCAUGUUAAGACAAUGUUAAAUGAAGUUUCAGCUACUGAGGGACUUUCAGCUAACCAUUACUGCUUGUGUCGCCUGGAAGUUAAAGAUUCAUCUGUAGAAUUGACACAAAACCACCAGACAAUACAGGUUCUCCCUGUGUUUUAAGUUCCAGUAAGGUCUUAUUCAGUCUCUCAGCAUAAAAAGUAAAGUUCCAUUUUUCUGUUGUCUCC